CUCACAUCUUUGAACCGGGUCUUAACCACGAAAAAACGGUUCGUAAACCGAUUCCAAAUCCAAAAGUUAUCCAGAGGGUCAAUGAUCGCCCACACACUCUAUCAGCCACUCCCGAUGGCUCUUAUCUGCAAGAUUCCCGCCGGAGCUCUGUACACGCGCCUCCCUCUCCGCCGUCCGUCCCUCGCACCACUAGCUUCGACCUCUCCGUGGUCGGCCGGAAGAAGUCGUGUCUUUGUAUCUGCUGCGAGGAAGGUCUCCCAGGGCAAAAACAGAAGAGGCUCGCUCUCAACACAGGAACAGCAAGUUAGAGAAGAGGAUGAAAAUCCAGGCUGGGAUCCAAUUGGGCCCGCCGGUGAUGCGCCGGAAAGCCCAAUUUCCGCCGUGGAUGAUGGGUUCGUCAUGCCGGAACUUCCCGGACAGGAGCCGGAUUUCUGGGAAGGUCCUCAGUGGGAUGCUUUUGGAUUCUUUAUUCAGUACCUGUGGGCUUUCGGCGUAGGUUUUGCGUUGAUUGCUUGCGGCAUUGCAGCUGUCACGUACAACAACGGUGCAACGGACUUCAAGGAGACACCUGCGUACAAGGAAUCAGUCGAGUCGAGCAAGCUUCUAGAAGGACCCGACGUAUCCGAGGACUCGGAUGUCUUUGAAUCCAAUCCAACUGAAGUGGCACCUAGUUUGGCUGAUUAGCUAUGCUAUCCGCCCCACCUUCCUAUCACGAGUUGAGAUUGGGCCGGGUACGCCCUCUUAGCAUCUAUUUUAUUUUUGUAUAGAAAAGUUUAUAUCAUUUGGAGUUUUGUCGUAAAAGAUCAACGCGAUAGGUGUUUUAUAUAUGCUGGUUUAUAUUUAUAUGCAUGUUCACCCAAGUGUCUAAUGGGGUGUUUGGGACUUCAUUGCAUACUCAAGUAAGUUUUGAGCUUGGGACUCAUACUCUUGCUCUUUGUAUAUGAUUGAGUUUAUUGGAGCUUAUUUAAUUUUAACGAUUUUAGAGGAUAUAUGAACCUUCUAACCUUAUUGCCAAGGGUUUCGAAUCUGGAUGUAAAAUUCUCUCUAUAAUUUUAUUUGCAUAAACUUGUGCUGUUAACUAAAUCUUAAGUGUCAUG